AAAAAAAGUAAAUAAUUUUAAUAAACCAAUGUUGCAAAUGUAGGUGCAUUCCUCGAAGUCGAGUAAUCCCUGUUCAAAAUAUUUGACCGUUGGUUUUUUUUAAUUGGGCAUACAAAACCCUCAAUUAGUCAAUUUCUACUUCACAGUGUCUUUCAGAAAUCAACCAGGGGAGGAAUUGAAGGAGAAGUUAGAGUGAGAAGAAGCACAGAAGAAGCUGCAAUGGGCGGCAAUGGAGAAGAGAUUCAUACCCAGAAGGAGACGAUGGGUUCUGAGUACGAGCAUUUCCGGGAAGAAAGGAUAAAGGAAAAUCUGGAAAGGAUGAGAAAGCUGGGAAUCUUCGAUCUCUCUCUCAGAUUCAAGUCUAUCAAGCCAAACAUUUGCAGCAAAUCCCGCAAAACCCCACAGAUUCCAUCUUCUCCUCUCCCCGCUCGCCGCUCUUCCAGGCUGCAAAAUGCUACACCAGUUAGCUACUCUGAAAUACCUCUAGGAAAGAGGGAAAAAUCUUUGGAUAUUGAGGACGACUUGCUUGCUGGUUCAAAGGCUGAGGUGUAUACAGAAGAGCAUGAGAAACUGUUGGGUAGCACUGAAAUAAGUUGGACACUAUUUGUAGAUGGAUGUGGGAAGGACGGGAAGCGGAUUUAUGAUCCAGUCACGGGGAAGACAUGCCAUCAAUGCCGGCAGAAAACUCUCGGUCUUCGUACUCAUUGCAGCCACUGCAACAUGAUCCAGGGGCAGUUUUGUGGAGAUUGUUUGUUUAUGAGAUAUGGAGAGCAUGUGCUUGAAGCAAACCAGAACCCGGAUUGGCGUUGCCCAGUUUGUCGUGGAAUCUGCAACUGCAGCUUGUGCCGACAAGCAAAGGGUUGGGCUCCUACUGGUGCUCUCUACAGGAAGAUUAACAGACUGGGUUACAAGUCGGUUGCACAUUAUCUCAUUCAAACCCGCAGAGAAAAGACAGGUCCAGAUAAUCAUGUGCCUGAUGAUGGCGUACCUGCGAAGAGAUCUUUACCUUUCUCAGUUGCCGAAACUCAAGCCGAAACAAAUGAAAAUAUAGAUAAAGAAUCAAAUACUCUCAUGAACAUUACUCCCAUGAGUUCGAGUAGCAGCCAGAAAGAAGAAUGCAUCAUUGAUGACAGUGGUGAAGCCCCCCAACCUUGUGAUAGGAAUCAUGGGCCAGAAACAAGUCCUAAUUCCAAUGAGAAACCAUCCUCAGAUGGAGCUCAAAUGAUUCAAGAAACAUUAAGUCAAGCUUCUGAAGCCAAAGUCAGUGAUGAUAUAACUGAUUCAGAGAAGAUGAAUGUUUGUCCUGUUGAACCAAUCCCAGGCAGCAUUGAUGCAACUGAAGAUAAUGACAACUUUCCUUCUGAUGGAACUCUAAAUGCUCAGCAGAACUGGAGCAAUGCUUGUGAUGUUAAACCUGCUGAUACCAUUCUUGGUCAAAACACAAGUCCACCGCGGAGAAGGAAGCGACCGGCUCCUGAAUCAAUCCCGGACAGCAUUGGUCGAAGGCUAAGAGAAAGGCGAGCUAGAACCAGGUGAUGUCAAAGUCAUCAUUAGUGUCACUGUCUGUAUCCUAAAAUUCUGCAUGAAACCCGUAUUUGCAUCUCUCUCGAUGCUAAUAUGUAAUGUGAAGCCCAUCUUGGUUCUAAGGUUUUGGUUUUUUUGGAUGGUUUACACCUUUUGUGUCCAAAAGGGCUCUUCUCUUUUUUGCAUGAAACCGGAGUAACCUGUGGAAUUAUGUACUAAUUAUCGCGAGGAAUGUUCCUCAGUAGCUACUCGUUUGAUCAUGAAGAUUAGGAGGCUGAAGUAGUAAAUCUCAGUUUAGUCUGAGCAUUGUUUUUUUGCUGCAUGAGAUGGAAUCAGACUGCAGGUUUUCUUGCUAAGUGUGGGUUUG